AGCUAUGAUUAUGCCACUGUACAUCAGCCUGGGUUGGAGAGCAAAUCUGUCUUUUUUUUUUUUUUUUUUUUUGAGACAGAGUCUUACUCUAUUGCCCCAGGCUAGAGUGUGGUGACAUCAUAGCUCACGGCAACCUCUAAUUCCUGGGCUCAAGUGAUCCUCUUGCCUCAGCCUUCUGAGUAGCUGGAGCUAGAAGUGCCCAGCACAAAACCUGGCAGUUUUUCUAUUUUCAGUAGAGACAGGGCCUUGCUUUUGGCUCAGGCUGGUCUCAAACUCCUGAGCUCAAGCGAACCACCAAGCCUCUCAGAGUGCUGGGAUUAAGGCCUGAGCUGGGCUAAGACUCUGUCUCUUAGAAAAAAUAGCCCUGUGGGGUGGAUCUCCUCCCUGUCUGGCUUCUGGACAAGUAGGUUGGUUUCCUAUUCUUUUGCUGCCUCCUUAGGUAAGUGGGAAGCCUCAGGGAAGGGGUGCAUGGGGUGGAGACCAUCUUGGAGCAGGUGAGUAAAGUGUCUGGUUUAUGGGAGGGUGGGGUCCUGGGAAAAUCCCACCCAGGGGAAGCUUAAGGGAUGCUGAGAUGCCUAAAGCCAGGGCUGAUCUAGGCCCUGCCUUGAUGGGCAAGGGGAGGCACCUGUGACCCUAAAGGUGAGUCACACUCACCCAGAAGGCAGCCUUUCACUUCACACACAUUGUAUCUUUAUACCCCUUACAUGAAGGAUGCUAUUACUUACAUGCUGUUCCCAUGCAUGGUGGGGUUAAGGGGGAGGGGGCUUCUAGGUCUCAGGGCCAGGUGCCCUGACCUGAGGCUUGGUGCCCAGGCAGGGAAAGAGUUGGAGCGGUGCCAGCAGCAGGCGAAUGAGGUGACGGAAAUCAUGCUCAACAACUUUGACAAGGUCCUGGAGCGUGAUGGGAAGCUGGCAGAGCUGGAGCAGCGUUCAGACCAACUCUUGGACAUGAGCUCAGCCUUCAGCAAGACAACCAAGACCCUGGCCCAGAAGAAGCGUUGGGAGAACAUCCGUUGCCGGAUCUACUUGGGGCUGGUGGUGGGUGGUGGCCUGCUUGUCAUCCUGAUUGUGUUGCUGGCCACCUUUCUCCCACAGAGCGGUGACAGCAAUACUGCCCCACAGACCCAGGAUUCAGGCACUGCCUCAGGGCAUGGAGAUUGACACAGUUGGGCCAGGGGGAGAGGCUGAAUGGCCACACUAGGCCAUUCUGGUCUCCAGGGAAUCCUGGUGUUUGUUCUCAUCUGAGCUACCCCUGUGAGCACUGAAAGGCAGCCCCAAUGUGUGCACCUCUGCGUCUCCCAUCACACCACAGACUGGUCCUUGGGGGGCAGCCUUCUGUACCGGCCAUGCCAGGCCAGUCCCACCUAGAGCUCAGUAAAAGCUGCUGUUUGAUUAGAA